AUGGUCAAUCUAAGGAUAAUUAGUUAUAGGAAUGCUCUUUUUCAUGGGGUUGGCAUUGUUAGAAUGUAUUGUAGUAAUCAAUCCAAGAUUGCAAAUCUUGGAUUGAUUACAGAAUAUUUGAAAGAUGAUGGAAUUCCAAACCUCUUACAAAAAAAUUUCAACAAUAAAUUUAUUGAUAACGAAAUUAAAUUAAGGGUCAAGACAGUAGAUCAAAAUAAUUUACUAUUUAAAGAAUAUUCUAUUCAAGGUAAAAAAAAAUACAAUAUUAGUAUGAAAAUGAUACGAUUGAUUUUAAAUAAAUUUAUUAUAGAUAAGAAUUGUCAUUUCCAUGUCAUGUCAGUAAAGUCAAUUUUAAAUGACGAUAAUCUUGAUAGUAAUCGCAACGAUUUUGUUACUGAUAAUGAUAAAUUAAUUAUUAAAUGGCAUAGUUGUUUACCCAAUGAAGGGAGAUGCAAAUACGAUACUGAAGAGUUAAAUAAGAAAAGCUUAUUAAAACAAAAUAUAUUAGAAAAAAUCUUUAGUGAAAAGACAUAUAAUAGUAAUAACAGUUAUGAAGAUGAAAUUGAGGAUAUAAGAAAUACAAGUACGGCUAAUGAGGUCAAUAUAAGUGGGAAAUUUAUAUUUGAAUUUAAUGAUAAUAAUGAUAAGAUAAUAGUACAUACUAUUGAAAACAUCGAAAUGAUUGAUUAUAGAAAUAUUAAAAGGGUACUUUCGUUUGCGUAA